ACAAAGCCAAUGAAGGAAGAAACAAAUAGCAUCAAAUCGAUUUCAACGUUUAUAUAAAAGCCUGAGCUUUCAUUCAAACUUUUCCUCUCGGGAAAAUCGGUGGCAAGUGAAGUAAAUAGAUCCGAACCCAUGGUGAAACUCGGGAGUUUCUGGGUUAUCAUCAUCCUCUUAUCAAUCCAAUUCAAGGGUUCGUUUGGAUCCGAAUCAACUAAGGAAGCUUACGUCACACUUUUGUACGGAGAUGAGUUCUUAUUGGGAGUUAGAGUAUUGGGUAAAUCGAUUCGAGACACCGGAUCCUCUCACAAGGAUAUGGUCGUUUUGGUCUCUGAUGGUGUUUCCGACUACUCUAAGUUGCUGCUUAAGGCCGAUGGAUGGAGAGUAGAAAAUAUUACUUUGCUAGCAAAUCCAAACCAAGUUCAUCCCAAGAGAUUCUGGGGUGUCUAUACAAAGCUUAAAUUUUUUAAUAUGACUGAUUACAAGAAAGUUGUGUAUCUCGAUGCUGAUACUAUUGUGGUAAAGAACAUUGAGGAUCUAUUUAAGUGCUCCAAGUUUUGCGCUAACUUGAAGCACUCCGAGAGGCUGAACUCUGGAGUCAUGGUCGUUGAACCCUCUGAAGCUUUAUUCAGUGAUAUGAUGAAACAAGUGAAGACCUCGUCGUCUUAAACCGGGGGAGAUCAAGGGUUCUUAAAUUCUAUUACCCUGAUUUCCCGAAUGCUCGUGUUUUUGAUCCUAGUUUAUCCCCUGAGGUCAUGAAAACAAGACCAGCUUCUAAAAUGGAGAGGCUCUCUACGUUAGAAUACAACGCAGAUGUCGGCCUUUAUAUGCUUGCUAACAAGUGGAUGGUUGAUGACAGCAAACUUCACAUUAUUCACUACACUCUGGGUCCUCUGAAGCCUUGGGACUGGUGGACUGCAUGGCUCGUGAAACCUGUUGAUGCGUGGCAUGUAGGUCUUCUUAGCAUAAGAUGGCAAGAUUACCUGUCGUCAAUGUUGAAGCUCAAGAGUUGGAGGCUGGACUAUGGGUUGGUCAAAGUGCAGCGAAUGUCAGGGAACUUUUUCAAACUGCAAGAGACUUGGCACCUGUUAUCAUAUUUGUGGAGGAUUUUGACCUCUUUGCUGGUGUACGUGGGAAGUUCAUACAUACAAAACAGCAAGAUCAUGAAUCUUUUAUAAAUCAGCUUCUUGUUGAACUUGAUGGCUUUGAGAAACAGGAUGGUGUAGUUUUAAUGGCUACAACACGAAAUCAUAAGCAAAUUGAUGAGGCGUUAAGAAGGCCAGGUCGAAUGGAUAGAAUAUUCCACCUUCAAAGUCCAACUGAAAUGGAAAGGGAGAGAAUUUUACACAAUGCAGCUGAAGAAACCAUGGACAGAGAACUCAUUGAUCUAGUGGAUUGGCGUAAGGUUUCGGAAAAGACAUCUUUAUUACGGCCGAUAGAACUGAAACUUGUUCCAAUGGCUCUCGAAAGUAGUGCCUUCAGGAGCAAAUUUCUGGACACAGAUGAACUUCUGAGUUAUGUUAGCUGGUUUGCAACGUUUAGCCAUAUAGUGCCCCCAUGGUUGCGGAAAACUAAAGUUGUGAAGUCGAUGAGCAAAAUGCUUGUGAAUCAUCUUGGACUCAACUUAACCAAAGAAGAUUUGGAGAAUGUGGUUGAUUUGAUGGAACCAUAUGGACAGAUCAGCAAUGGAAUAGAACUUUUGAACCCUCCUGUUGAUUGGACGAGGGAGACAAAGUUCCCGCAUGCUGUUUGGGCUGCUGGUCGUGCUCUAAUCGCUCUUCUAAUACCAAACUUCGAUGUUGUAGACAAUUUGUGGCUUGAGCCUAGUUCCUGGGAAGGAAUUGGGUGUACAAAAAUCACCAAGGUCACAAGUGGGGGCUCGGCAAGUGGGAAUACGGAAUCAAGAUCAUAUCUUGAAAAGAAGCUCGUUUUCUGCUUUGGAUCUCACAUUGCGUCCCAAAUGCUUCUUCCUCCCGGAGAAGAAAAUUAUCUUUCAUCUUCAGAAAUAACGCAAGCGCAAGAGAUUGCAACACGCAUGGUGCUUCAAUAUGGCUGGGGACCCGACGACAGUCCUGCAGUAUACUAUGCCACCAACGCGGUUUCAGCUUUAAGUAUGGGGAACCAUCAUGAAUAUGAAAUGGCCAGUAAAGUCGAAAAGAUUUAUGACUUAGCGUACGAGAAGGCAAAGGGAAUGCUCCUUAAAAAUCGCCGUGUCCUUGAGAAAAUCACUGAGGAGCUACUCGAAUUUGAGAUCUUGACUCAAAAGGAUUCGGGAAAAGGAACCUUUCUUUCUCUCUGGAACCAGUUACAAUGAGCCAUUGUCAAGGAGCUUCCUUGAUGCUGGAGAUUCGCCGGAAGCUGUACUUCUUAGUGCACCAA